UCUCUGCAGACAUAUUUUCUAAUAACACCAGCAGAGAAAGCUGAAAGAUCUGAGGUGUUAAAGAUGUCCAUCGCUCAGGCAGCGGCCAAGGCCAUGCUAUCUGAUGCCCUGUUGCGGGAUGACUCUGGGCUGCACCGUAUUAACCACCUGGAACUGGAGCUUCCUCUCGACAAGGUCAUCAAAUUUGUGUCUGUGGGCCUCCCGCUGAUGCUGGUGUGCCUGGCCUUCGCCCGCGAGAUCUCCCUCGGGCCUCAGAUCAGCUGUUUCCCUCCCAGCAACUUCACCGUGAAGCAGGCCGGCUACGUAGACACAUACUGCUGGGACUCCCUCAUGCAUCAUGAGUUUGACGCUGAUGGGAACUUUGAGGAGCGCUCUCUCUGGGUACACAAAAUGUUCCCUUACUCUCUUCUGGCCAUGGCUGUGCUGAUGUACCUCCCGGCUCUGAUCUGGCGCCAGCUCGUCAUGCCCACACUGGGCUCAGACCUGCUCUUCAUAAUUGACGAACUAGACAAGUCAUACAACCGCUCGGUCCGACUGGCCCAAAACAUUCUGGAUAUAGGCCAGAACACCAAGAACCCCCUCACAUUUCAGGCUGAGCUACAGAGGGCCAAGAAGAAGCGAUACUUUGAGUACCCCCUACUGGAGAGAUACAUGCAGUGCAAACAAAACUCUUACUUUCUGGUUAGCAUGCUUUUUUUACGGGGCUUCCUCCUCCUGACCUUCAUGACCGCUGCCUGCCUUUACCUCGCCUACUUCCAUCUGUCUGCCUUCCUGCAGGAUGAGUUCAGCUGCUUUGUCCGCACAGGCAUGCUGCGCAACCAGGACUGGGUCCCUGAAUUGGUUCAGUGUAAAAUGAUUGGACAGUUAGUCUUUCAGGUAAUAAGUGUUGCCAACGGUGCCAUCUAUGUCCUAUUGGCACCUAUCGUCCUCUUCAGCCUCCUUCGACUCUUUGUGUGGGAUACCACCUUCAUCUCUGUAUAUGAGGUUCUCCCAGCGCUGGAUCUCAUCAACAGACGCCGGCUAGGCUGCCCACUGAACGAUCUCAAUGUCCUGUUGCUCUUCUUGCGUGCCAACAUAGCUCAGUUGAAGUCCUAUGGGCAGGUGAGGGCUUUGUGUUCUCUGGCACCCCCACAGGUGGGUAACACCACUACACAGCAGGGCUUACAUGCAAUGCUGACCCAAGAAGAAAUGGAGGAGCGUGAAGAAGCUGCAAUGGAGCUUGCUGAGGAAAUUGACGAGGCCAAGGAGGAAGGGAAACUCAACUUAGUGGACAUCAUGACUAUUCUGGGAGCAGCACAGGGAAGAGUGGUGAACUGCAGUGAGAAGAGGCCUCUGGUGGAGGAGAAUAUGAGACUCGGUACCGUAACACUUAUCUACACACUCAAACGCCUUCUGCUAGUGGCUAUUUUUGUCUACAUCAUUUGGGAUGUACAGAAAAUUAUUAAGUGACCUCCAGACUAGAGACACAGGUUCUGAAAGUGAAAAGCAAAUGCUUCACAUAUACAGUAGGGUGGCAUUAGCAGUGCACCUUGCAUACAAAUGAAGGUCAUCCCCAAAAGGAUUUGAGGAAGCAGUUUGAUAAGCAGUGGCAACUAAAAGCAGUGACAAUAUUUUCUCUGUAUUGUUUUAAACUGCAGUGCUUUUUUUUCUUUCUGUAAGUAACCACACCAGAGCACCUACAUUUCUAAAAGAGUCUUUUAAAAGCACUGGAUAAUGU